GCAUCUCCUAAUAAUGUCGUUUUGGCAAAUUCCACUCCCUGGAGUGUUGUCUUCUUCAGUCUCUCUGAAAAUUUCAAGUAAAAUUAAUUUCAACAAAAACCCUAAUUAAAUGGAUCCUUCAACACCAACAAAACUCGACGAAUACUCAGCUUCCGCGACCACAAUCAAUUUUGACGACCCAAUCCCUCUAAUUCGAGGUCCCAUACCCGCCUCCGAAUCUGACGACCCAUCUUCCGGCCCGUACGUUCUGGCUUUCCGAAACCCCCAAUCAUGGGUCACCGCAUACAAACUCAGCGAGUCCAAACUCAUCUCGCAGUGCGAAGGCGGAGCGAGGAUCGGGUGCGCAAUAUCCGCGUCGGAGAAAUGCAAGCCGCCGUGGUGGCGCUAUUUGAUCGGAGCAAAAUUACCUGAUUUAGAAGAGAGGGAGAAAUGCGAGGAACGUGAAAUGGAGGGAUGUUUGGUUGUUGCUAAAGAGAAGUGCGUUGGCUUUGCUAAGGAUAAGUGCUUUAAGCCCUUUUGUGACGCCAGAAUUGCCGUCGGGAAAGAUAGGAAAUUAAUUGAAAAAUGUACUAAUCAAAGAGCUAGUGAGUUACUGGCUUCUGAUCCAAAAUAUGAAUGGUUUUUCGAGCAAAAUUAGAGGUACUGUAAAAUCUGAUCUAGUAUUAAUUAUAGGUUACUUAUUUAAUUAUUUGAUUCAGAAUGUAUUACUAGUCAAUAUUAUAUGGAUUUCAUGUAACUAGGUUGUUAAUUGCUGA